GCUUGGGCUCGGUCAGCCGAGGUAGUGAAGACCUACAACGACGAACUAGUCACACGAUGGAAAGAGGAGAUGGACACACUUCUCGUCUAUGCCGGGUUGUUCUCAGCUGUUCUCACUGCUUUCAACGUCCAAUCGUAUCAAUUACUUCAGCCGGAUCCGCAAGAUUCGACAGUUCAGGCGCUUAAACAGAUUUCUUCGCAGCUCAGUAGCUUCUCAAUCAACUCAAAUUUCGCCAACUCUACCCAUCCUCCGGUGUCGUCUUCAGAUCUUGAUCAACCAUUCACCGCCCCCACAUCCGCAGUUUGGAUCAACACGUUAUGGUUCUCCAGUCUCGUAUUCUCACUCGCCUCCGCAUCCAUUGCGCUGAUGGUCAAGCAAUGGCUUCACGAGCUCAGCAUCGGCGUCUCCGGCACGUCUAGAGAAAGCGCGCGAGUCCGUCAAUACCGCCUUGAGGGUCUCAAACGCUGGCAUGUCGCGACCAUCGUCAUCGUCAUCCCC